GUGUCGGGAGAACCGGGGGCUUUAUAAGGAUCCCCCCGUGUUUCCUCGGUCCCUCUGCCUGUGUGUUUUUUCUCUCCGCUUCUUUGUUGUUUCCACCAGCUCACAUCCAAAAUGCCCAGCAAGAGGAAGAAGAACAAGCGCCGCAUGAGGAGGGUGCAAGCCCAGAGGAGAGCCCUCGAAGAGCAGUAUGCAGGUCAGCCACCGGUCAAGGCCGGCCCAGGGAUCGCAGUCGGUGCGCCCCCUGCAGCAACCCCAAAGCCAGCGGCUAAAGCGCCGACACCAGCACCAGCACCAGUGAAGAUCCCGGAGGCCGUUCCCGUAGCCGUUCCCAUCCCUGCACCUGUUGUGGAGAUCCCCAAAGAAGAACCAGUUGUGCAAGAACCCGUCGCAGAGCCCGUCCCAGUCCGAGUAGCGACACCAGAGCCUGAGGUCGUGGUGGUGGAACAGACUCCGGAAGUCGCGGCUGAAGCGCCGGCGCCGGUCGUAGAAGAGGCGCCAGUCGUCGAGGCUGUUGCAGUCGAGUCUUCCGAAGUCGCAGCUGAAGUUGUUUGUGAAGCUGAGCCCAUCAUUCCUGAAACAGAACCAGUAACUGAGGUUACACCCACAGCUGAGGCUCCAGAGGCAACUCCAGCAGAGGCUGAGCUGCAGUCGGUUGAAGCCACAGUUGUAACCACAGAAACCGUAGAGUGUGUUGUGUUGGCUUCACUGGUGCAGACGCACGAUGUCUGCGAGGCUGAAACGGGGGCUGCGCCCGUGGCAGAGGAAGUCUCGGUCGAAGUGGCCGUCACAGAAGAAGCUGCCUCGUUAGAGGCCGUAGUGGAAGCACCGGUGGUAGAAGCACAAGCUGAAGUCGUGGAGGAGAUGGCACCUGAACAGAUGACUGAAGCUGUCGUCAGUCCUGCAGCUGAGGAGGACGAAGCUGAAGUAGAAGUGUUGGCUGAAGAAGAGGCACCGGUAGAACUUGCUGAGCCCGUUACGAUCGCAGAGGUUCCAGCCUCCAUGCCCGAGGCUCUGGUGGAAGAAACUCCAGUAGCUGAAGUCAUUGAGGCGCCUGCUGACGCGUUCGUUGAUGACUUUGUUGUCACAAACUCUGCCAUCGAAGUGGAGGUCGCCAUUGCAGAGUCCGUCACUGCCCAGGAGGUUGAGUCAGUUGAGGCUCCACUCGCACCAACAGAGGCCGAACAGGAAAUUGUGGCCACGAUUGAUGCCCCGGCAGAGCCUAUGGAUGUGACCCCCGCUGAGCCUGAGCCUACACCCGAGGUGGAGGUUGAACUCAAGCCCGAGCCUGUUGUUGAGCCUGAGCUCGCUGCUGCCCCUGCAUUGGAAAUGAUCAUCGAUGCCCUGGUGGAGCAGAAAUGCCUGGAGGAGCUGAAGUCCGAGACGUGUGACAUGCCGUGUCAGAUGCAGCUCACAGUGGACUCUAUGCAGCUCAACACAGCAAUGGAGAUGUCAGUGGAGACGGCGUUGAAUGGACACAUUGUUCCAGAGGUCUCCAUCGAGGGCUAGAAGCCCCACAGUCUUUAUUUCCCUUUCGUCAUUUGGAGGACUCAGAUCUCUAAAUGGAGUCAGCCAGCCCUUUGAGCUUUUUCAUCUUUUUUUUUUUUAGGGCUUGCAACGGAGCCGUCAGGAAAUCGAAGGAAUACCCACACUUUGAAGUGCCUUUCCUGCACUGGUUUCCCGUCAAAACACCAAACCAGAUGCAACAAAACCCCAGAAAUGCUGCAUUUGAGGCAGUAGAACAGACUGUUAUUAGUUUGCAAAAAACGGAAACAACCAUAUCGUGGCUCCUUUUAAAAAAAAAAAAAAAAAAAAAAAAAAUCUGUUUCUCCCCCCGAAGGCAUGUACAGUGAAUUUUGCGCAGCGGAAGCAGACGUUGUUGAGAGAUGGAGAUUCCUAGAGCAAGACAAACGGCAGCGCCUGGUAUUUCCUGUGGACUCCUUCCCCUCGAGAACGUCUGCCUCCACUCUGCAUUUACACUCGAUGCACGUGAACACUGCAGCAGGGGUGGAGGUGGCUGGUUGGCACUUGGGCCUGUGUUCAUACUUCUCCUGUUGUCAAAUCACAAAAUCACAUUUCUUUGCUCUUGAUCCGUUUACCUGGAGUCGGAGCUUCGAGCGUCUCCCCCCCCCCUCUGCUCUCCUCUCUGCCUCCUGAGAGCCACAGCUCACAUUAGGCCGAUGCUUUAAAAACGAGGGUGUUAUGGCUCCAGUGGCCUCUGGGAACUGGCGGCUGUGGAGGGAAGAACUCAAGGUAUUCCCGUUCCCCCCCCCCCCUCUUUCUUCUUUUUUUAAUUUUUGUAUAGACCAUAUGAUGUGAUACAGUUGUGUUCGAAGUCUGUAAUCUGGCUGUUUGAUGGUCUGACUUAAUCCAACUUUGAAAUAAAGCUGUAGUUCAUCGUGA